UAGCCGCGCGGGGGGGCUCCGCCGCCAUCUUGGUUUGUGGGGACGGGCCCGGAGCCAUGGAGCCGAGCGGGGGGGGGCGUAAGGAGAGGCCGAAGCCCCGGGAGGCAGCAGCGCGGCUGGAGAAAGCCAAGCAGAAAUCAGCCCAGCAGGAGCUGAAACAGAGGCAGAGAGCAGAGAUUUAUGCCCUCAACCGGGUGAUGACAGAGCUGGAGCAGCAGCAGUUCGACUCCUUCUGCAAGCAGAUGGAGGCCUCUGGCGAGUGAAGGGGCCCACGUGGCCCCCCCACGCCCCUCUCUUGCAGCCUCCCCCCCCUUUUUUUCUAACCUUUUGUUAUUUAUUACAGAAUGUUUGUUGUUUGGUUGCCUUUUUUUAAAUAAA